CUGCCAUGAUUAGGAGCUCGGCCGACUGGGACUCCGAGAGAGUCAAGAAGAAGAAGAAAAAGGCGAGGAGUAAAAGGAGCAAGUCCCCCAAAUUUCCGGUGCCCGCCGUCGAUGACCGGAGUAGCUCGUCGGCUUUGUCAUCAAGCUGCGUCCCUGGCCCUGAUGUUUGGUGUGGUCCUGGAAUUGGGUUUUCUACCGAUGCUGCCUCUGUUGUUUGGAGAAGAAAGCCGCCCGUUACAGGAAGAGGGAGAGUUGACAGCCAAAGAGUUCCAUUAAGAGAGCAGAGAUCUAGAUAUUCUGUUAGGAGAAUGGUAAUCCCAGAGGACAAUCCAUUUCUUGAAGCGGACAGUGCCUUAGAAUUGUCUAGAUGUAAUGUGGAUCAUUUUGUGUGUAGGAAUCAUCGCCAUUCUCGAUAUGGCUCUCCUGAAGGACUUGCAGAGGUUGUGAUGCUACAAAACAGUACGAUGCGAGGAAGAUCAGAUUCAAUGGAUGGAUACCGAGAUUUGAGGCUUGACAUCGAUAACAUGUCAUAUGAGGAAUUGCUGGAACUUGGAGAUAGAAUCGGGAAUGUAAGCACAGGACUAAGAGAAGAUGAGAUAGCACACUGCGUAAGGAAAACUGGACCGCCUCUAUUGACCAACUUGCGGACCCAUAUGCUUACAGAAGCGGAAAAGAUGUGCAGUGUAUGUCAGGAGGAAUACGAAGCUCAUGACGAGAUGGGGACACUCAAAUGUGGACACUUCUACCACAUAAAUUGCAUCAAGGAAUGGCUACUGAAGAAAAAUGCAUGCCCAAUUUGUAAAUCAGCAGCCAAGUCUGAUGGGCACCCACUUAUUCUCUUCUAGUUUUUUUGUUUGUACAUACUUUGUACCCCAUUGCAAGAAAUAUUAUUUUUUAUAUAGCUUUGUGAUUUCCUAGAUGUUUGAUGGCACCAUUAGCCUUUUUUACUCCUUAAAAUGUUACUUACCAAAUUCAUCUUGGUGGAUUAUGUAAUGACUUCGAACUCGUGUUUCCAGAAUUUUUUCUGCUUUCACAAAUUCACAAUCUUGAUUUAAUGGUCUCGUCGCCUCGUCGGUAUUAUUAUAUCCCCUUCU